AGCUGCCUGCGUUCUCCCGGGCGCACCCGGGCGGCUCUGGCGGCUGUUUGAAAGUGCGGAGGAGGAGCGGGGCUGCGCACGGGGCUGGCGGGCAGCGGCAGCCCGGCCUCCUUUGUCCCCUCCCCUAGUCGCCGAGCCGGCAGCGGGUGCAGCAGCCGGGAGCUGAGCGGGCCGGCCUGGGGAGAUCUUUCCCUUCCCGCAGCAGCACCGAGGUCGCCAUCUUCGCCUCUCCGCCCCGGCUCCCAAGCAGGGCGACGGAAAAUCCCUCUAGCCAGGCGCUGCUCGUGCCGCAUCCCUCGCCGCCAGCACCCAGCGCCCGCCGCCGCCCGAGAGCCAGGGCAGCCGGGGAGGGGAGUGGGCGCGGCCCCCGCCCGCUCCAUGUGAUCGCCCGGGCUCAGCAGCCUCCCGCACUGAUCUCAUCUCCAUCCUCCCCAGCGCUGCGGGCACCCGGCGGGAGACGGAGGUGCCGAGGGGAGGCGAGGGGAAGCCAGACAAAGGAGCAGGCGCUGCUGUAGCAGGAGGUAAUUGCCUUUAGAAUAAGGACCAAGAGACCAUUUAUACAUGCUUCUUCGGUGCUUGGACUAACACAUUCGGAGAGAAGACUCUUUUACAUCUUUGUCACAAACUUGAUUAUCCCACGACUUAACUGCCAUUGGGAAAAGCUCACAACAGAAAAAAAACCUUUCCCACUUUCGGUCCAUUACACAGUAAUUGAGCUAAGGAACGUUCUGCGUGGAGGCUCUAUAGCAGAGAUUUGGAAUUUUGCUGCUUGCUCUCAUCCUCUGUGUUCACACUUCAGACUGUAAACAAUGAGUGAGUUCUGGUUGUGUUUCAACUGCUGUAUUGCAGAACAGCCUCAGCCUAAAAGGCGACGGCGGAUCGACCGAAGUAUGAUUGGAGAGCCAACAAACUUUGUUCACACAGCUCAUGUAGGAUCAGGAGACUUAUUCAGUGGAAUGAAUUCGGUGAGUUCAAUUCAGAACCAAAUGCAGUCCAAGGGAGGCUAUGGAGGUGGCAUGUCUGCAAAUGUUCAGAUGCAACUUGUAGAUACAAAAGCAGGAUAACCUUGGGGAAGCAUUUCCAGUUCUUGUGAAUUUCUGUAUCUUCUUUCCUGUGUUCCCCCUUUUGCCCUGGUGACUGCUUUCUGUGUUCAUGACAAGAGAGAAGUGAUGGCUCAUUGUUCACCCCUUGUGAUUAUUCCAGUGAAAGUUGCUGUUCUGCUCUGAUGAUGUCAUUUGUCAGAUUGGUCCUACCGUGCCUUUCAGUGGCAUGCACACAUUUGGCCUCUAUCAAAACCAUGGACAUAUAGCUGUUUAGGGUUUGGGGAGUUUUGUUUGUUUGUUUUGUUUUCCUUUUUUACAUUUUUCAAUAUUAAGCAAAUUAAUGCUCCAGUUUUAGCUUGGUCAUCUUUUUCUUUUCUUUCUGAAAGUGCUAGUGUGCAGCAUUCUUCUUUUGCUGGGUCUCUUAAUUUCCCGCUCCCCCUCUGUAAUUUAGAAGUGAGUGAGUUCCUAUUAAUGUUUUUAAUCUGUCAUUGUUUAUAUAUGUUUUUGAAAGGUCUGGGACCUGCAAGCACAAUGAUCAUUUCAUACAUUUGAAAAUCAGCAGAGUAGAUGACCGCAUGCUUUGUGAAGUUGCUUUGUAUGGUGGCCUGUUUAGUGCCAGAAAAAAAAAUGUUUGUUACUGCGGACUGAUGAUACUGUUGCUGAUUAAAAGUUUAGCUGUGACACUGGGUCAUGGCAGGCUCUGAAGAAGGACUUGUAACUUAGCUGCUUCAGAGUUAUGUCUUAAGUUUUCAUCCAACUGGUCCUGAAAUAAUAAAGAGUGAGCUUGCAUUCAUAAGGCAUUUUGUUGUAAAUGUUUAGUAUAUUUAUUUUGAAAGAGCUGACCUCGAGAUUGUAAACCAGUGUAGUACCGUAUCUAAGUGUUGUGGUAGAGCUUUUUGUCUGUUUAAAAAAGCAUCAUCAUGUUUGGCUGCUUUCUUUUUCUUUUUCCUUUUUUAAUUUUGCUUAAUUUUUAGGUUAUAUGGUCAUUUCCAGUAGCAGCAUGUCAAACUGCCUGCGAUAUUAGCUGAAGUUUAGUUGACCUCUCUAAGUAGUUGGCAGUUUCUGUGUACUAAAUAUUUAGGGGCCAUGUAAGUUGCUAAGAGCAACAUACUGAUCUGGCAGAGCAGAUGCCAGGGAAAACAACAUACAGGGUGACUUUUUACUAUGUCAGUAAGAAGCCUUUUGCUCAGGUUCCAAAGCAUGUUCUUCUUUCACAUGUUGUGAAAAUUGUAUUUUAAUAUUGCACUGUUCUCAGAUUUUUCUGUAAAUGGUCCUUUCCUUUUUUUCCUCCUUGUUGGUGAUAUGAAACAGAAGUCAAUGGUUUGAAUUCUAACUGACUUCAAAAAAUUAUGUGAAAAAUCAUCCUCAACUACAUUUAACAUUUUAACUAGCAAACUGGGCAUAACUGAGCCUAAUCAGAUGAAAGCUAAAAUAAAUAUACAUAAAAACGUAAAUGUGAUACACUUAACAAUUAUUGUCCUCUCCUUUCUAGCCCCUCUCCUAAUUUCCAUUUCCAUUUUGUGUUGAAACAGACCCCAGAUUGGUAUAAACACAUACACAUCUGCUUUUUUUCCUGGUACUAAACAAAAAGUCAUAUUCACACAAAUAUACUGGAUAUUGAGGCCAUUGACUCUCUUCGGGAGUAGUAAAGUUGUAAUCCGAUGGUAGAUGUAAAUUAUCUGGUUGGAUAGUUCUGGUAAACUUGGAUAGUCUUCACCGCUGGAGGUACUGAUUCAUGAUGCCACAGGAUUGAGAUCUGUUCAGUUGUCUGGAGUGCAUAAAUACGACAGCACGGUGAUUUGGGGUCAGCGUUUCACGUGCAUCUUUAUCAAUGAGCCUUUAAAUACUCUAGGGUUACAAAAUGAUUUUCACUUUUUGUUAUCACUCUGCCAAUUAAUUUUAGUGAGCAGGUUUACCUUGCACUUGUCAAAUGUCUUCAGCUCAGUAGCCAGAAAAAAAAUUGACAUAUUUUUAUAACAAACAUACUUUUUUUGUACAUUGUGUUCAUUCUUGAAUAAAGUCAGUUCAGUGUUGACUUGUAGAUAUUAAAAGGAAAGUAUUGACUUUGAUUCAAUAAAUGUUUUCUUUCA